UCUCUCUCAUUCAGGUGAAGUCUUAGAGAGAGAUAUUAGGGAGAGGGAGAGAGGAGGAGGAGGAAGAAGAAGAAGAUGUUAGAGAAGAUUGGGUUGCCUCCGAAACCGUCGCUUCGAGGAAACAAUUGGGUGGUUGAUGCCUCUCAUUGUCAAGGAUGUUGUUCCCAAUUCACCAUGUUCAAUCGGAAGCAUCAUUGCCGCAGAUGUGGAGGGCUGUUUUGCAAUAAUUGCACUCAGGAGAGGAUGUAUUUGCGUGGCCAAGGAGAUUCACCAGUGAGAAUAUGUGAUCCUUGCAAAAAGCUAGAAGAAGCAGCAAGACUGGAGGCCCGACAUGGAUACAAGAUUAGAGCUGCAAAAGGUUCCUCCAAACCAGCAACAAAACCAGAGGAUGAGUUAGAUCUCAUCCUUGGUACUGAUGGAAAGCACAGCUUACGGUCUGUGGAGGAUAUGGUUUCUGAUGUUCUUGCAGCUGGUACUUCUUCACAGAAAUUUGAAGCCACCCAGCGAAGGGAAUUUGACAUCUCUGGAAGCAGGUCUUCUAGUGCAGAUGAUAUAGGAUCUGGCGAUCCAGAGGACUUGCGGAAGAGAGCUCAGGAAGAGAAAAGAAAGUAUAAUAUUCUAAAACGUGAAGGAAAAUCUGAUGAAGCGCUUCGUGCCUAUAAGCGAGGAAAGGAGCUUGAGAGACAAGCUGCAUCAUUAGAACUUGCUCUACGGAAGAAACAAAAAAAUCCUUCUUCUGUGCUCACUUCCCUAAGCUCUGAUAGAGCAAAUAAUCAAGCUUCAAGUUCUGGCAGGAAGACAAAGUCAGACAAGCAAGGUAAAGAAAAAGAUGACCUCACUUCUGAACUAAAAGAGCUUGGAUGGUCAGAAGCAGACUUGCAUGAUGCCGAUAAGAAGCCUGAAAAAAUGACACUGGAAGGCGAGCUGAUUAAUCUUCUCAAGGAAGUCCCUCAAAAAUCUAGUCUCAGAAAAGAAACGAAUGAUGCUGACAAGGCCCGGAUAGUUGCUCUGAAAAGAAAUGCUUUAAAGCUCAAACGCGAAGGAAGACUUGCAGAGGCAAAGGAGGAGUUAAGGCAAGCUAAAAUCUUAGAGAAGGAACUAGAGGAGAAGGAAUUUUUGGGUGAUGACAAUGAUGAAUCUGAUGAUGAAAUAGCUGCUCUUAUUUGUUGUAUGGAUAAUGACAACCAUGACAAUACAGAAACAAACUUUGCUAGUGAUGUCAAUUUGAACUUAAGCUACAUUAUAGAUGCUGGCGAUGGGAUUGCUGUUGAUGGUGAUUUUGAUGUAACGGAUGAUGAUAUGAAUGAUCCAGAGAUAGUGGCAGCCUUGAGAUCAUUUGGCUGGGAAGAAGAACCAGCUAUGCCAUCUUCUGUGAACCUUGAGGCUCUAAGAAAUGAAGUGCUUUCUUUGAAGAGAGAAGCAGUAAGAUUAAAACGUGAAGGUAAUAAUGCAGCAGCCAUGGAGCAGCUAAAGAAAGCCAAGCUUCUAGACGAAGACCUUCAACAUUUCCAGUCUGAAGGUACCAACUGCCAAGCAACUACUACUACAUUCCGAUCUUCAGCAGAUACCCAUGCAUUCAGUGAAGAUACUAAGACUACAAGAAGUCUUGUUUCCACACGUUCAUCCAAAAGCAAAUCAGAAAUCCAGAAGGAGUUAUUGGGACUUAAAAGGAAAGCUCUUGCACUUAGGAGGGAGGGAAGGGUGGAUGAAGCUGAGGAAGAACUGAAAAAAUGCAAAGCCUUAGAGAUUCAACUAGAUGAGGUUGAAAAUGCUAAAAAAAUGGCACCUACUAUUGGAAAGGGUUCGGGUUUUGAUGAUGAGCUUCAUGGUAUUUCUGGGAAUUCUGUGCUUCCUGAGGAAGGAAUGGAGGAGGUUUCGGAAGAAGAUAUGCAUGAUCCCUCGUUAUUAUCAAUCCUUAACACUCUUGGUUGGACGGAUGGAGAUGAACCUCAUGUGACUGGUCCACUUGAAUCUUCCAACAGAGUGAACCAUGCCGUGGUUCCUGAUAAUGGCACUUCUGAACUGGAAGUUAAGGUGAGGCGAAACAGAGCAGAAAUCCAGAAGGAGUUGUUAUCGGUCAAAAGGAGGUCUCUUGCUUUAAGACGCCAAGGGAAGUUGGAAGAGGCAGAGGUAGAGCUCAAGAAAGCUAAGGUGUUGGAAGAUGAAAUGAAAGAAAUGGAUUCCUCACAGAUGGAUUUGACAGUCGGUGUGGAAGACACAGUAGUCAAGAACCCGAAGGAAACUAAUUUUGGACACUUGAAUGUAACCAAGCAACAACAACAACAAGAAGCUGGAAAAAUUGGAGAGGAAAGAAGCAGUUUUUCUGCCUUGUCAUCAUUAUCAUUGAAAAAUGGAGGAUCAGGAGAUGGUGCAGCCUCAGCAAUGGAUGCUAAGGUACAGAGGACUAGAGCCGAAAUCCAGAAAGAACUAUUGGGGAUCAAAAGGAGGUCCCUUGCCUUGCGGCGUCAAGGAAAGCUUGAGGAGGCAGAAGAGGAGUUAAAGAAAGCGAAAAUAUUGGAGGCUCAAAUUGAGGAGAUUGAUUCCUUAAAAGAGAGUCCUGUUUUGGAUUUGAAUUCUGUUUUUGAUAAUGAACUGACACACCUGGCGUUUGGAUCUUCUGCUCUAAGCAAGCAGAAGGAUGGUGCUGGACUAUCGGCUGAGGAAACCUCAAUGGGUGUAGAUACGCGAGAUGCUCCAGUAAUUGUUGAUGCCAUGAAAGGUACUGAUUUGAAGAAAAACAACUUUGCUGAACAUCCUGGAAGAAAAUUAGAAACUUCAGUGCUGGUAACCUCUCAGAAUGAGCCAAAUAUGUCCAAGUCACUUGCUGGAUUGCAUGGGUCCUUUGACCUAUUGCAGGAGGAAAGUCUAUCUGCUCUUGUUUUGCCUCAAGCGACGAAGCCUUCUUACAUAUCAGAUUUACUAACGGGAGAGGACUUGGUUGGAAGUCAUUUAACUCACAGGAGAGCGAAUGAUAGCGAAGCUCUUUCCACUUCUAAUGCUGAAGGUGGAACCUCAUCUGUACAAUUGCUGCAAACCUUUGAACCCGAUGCAACCAAGGAAAAAACAAACAUCAAGGAUGGGUUUUCGUCUGGUGCUAUCCUUGUAGAUGGGGUUAGAGAGCACGCAAAGACCUCUGGGUCCUUCAGAACAGUAGCAGAAGUAGAUUCUCAUGCUAAAAAUACAUCUGUCAAGAGCAUUGCAGAUCAAGUUUCUCCCCAACAAGAGAUUUUGGCUCACAAAAGAAGGGCUGUUGCUUUGAAGAAAGAAGGGAAACUUGCAGAAGCCAAAGAAGAACUAAGACAUGCCAAGAUCUUGGAGCAGGGCCUGGAAGCUGGUGGAGACAACAAGAAAGGCAACAGUCCUGCUGCAUCUGAUCCUGGAAGGAAGCAACAUACUCGGUCAUUCUCUAGCACGCAAAGUGUUACUUUGCCACAUGAUUCUGCUUCUAGUGACACUUCCAUAUCUCCAGAGAGUAAACACCAAGGACAAGCUCACAAGCCAGUUUCUGGUCGAGAUCGCUUCAAGUUGCAGCAGGAGUGUCUUUCUCACAAGCGCCAAGCUUUGCGGCUAAGAAGAGAGGGUCAAAUGGAGGAAUCUGAAAGGGAGUUUGAACUGGCAAAAGCCCUCGAAAGUCAGCUGGAAGAAGCACCUAACAACCGAACUCCUGAUGUUAGUGCAGAGGCAACAGACGAUGUGUCUGUUGAGGAUCUCCUUGAUCCUCAACUCCUCUCUGCUCUUCAAGCAAUAGGUAUUCCGGGCCUUGGACUUCCAACACCAACCCCACAGGUCCGUGAAGCUAAAGGUAACAUCCCAAGGCAGCAAGUUAGUUCAAACGUUGGCUCUAGUAAAAAUCCAAGUCAAGAGAGAUCCCAGCUGGAAGAGCAGAUUAAAGCAGAAAAGGUGCAAGCUCUUCACUUGAAACGGGCUGGAAAACCGGCUGAAGCAAUGGAUGCUCUUCGCCGUGCUAAGCUGCUGGAGAAGAAGCUUAAUUCUCUAUCUUCCUAGUAGUUGAGAUUGCCAAGUUUUUUACCAUGGAUGUCAUGUGUACAGUUCAGAUUCAGAAUGUGUUUUGUAACUUGAGUUGUACAUGCAUUCACUUACGAGGUGGCAUCCCGGCAUGGUUGUUGCUGCGUCUGUUACAUGUUCAAUAAUCGCUUUUAUCUUGUGUGCAAGAAAUGUUAAAGGUUCCUUUGCAUGAAAGGUUUCUA